AUGAAUUUUGAUGAUAGAAAUAUCAAAAUCCCCUUUUUAAAAAAAAAUUGGAGCUUGACCGUUUCCAAUGAAUUCAUUUUGACCGAUGGAACUGUCGAAGUAUUAAUUGCCGUAUCUUGUUUUGAUCAUGAUGAUAUGAAAGUAAAAAAGAACAAGAGUAAAUCACCACAACCACCUUAUAAUGAAGAUUCUUCAGAUGAAGAAGCUGAUGUCAAUGUGAAUGAUAAUGACCAAGAUAAAUCUUCAACAUUCAUCAUUGCUACCGCACGACAAUUGAAAAUCGCCUCCCCAAUUAAUAAUAAGGGUGGGAUAAUUAAAUUUUUGGACACUAAAAAUGAUGACGAUACAACCGAGUUAGUUCUUAUCAAUGCGCGCGGAAUAACAAAAGCCUCCAUAAUACAUGGUACAAUUGGAAGUGUAAAUUAUAAUAGAAAAAGUGAUUAUUCCAACUUUUUUUAUUCUAAUAAAUUAAUUGAAAUAUUUAAUUUUCCAAAAAGUUUUUAUGAGGAAUUGAAAAGGUUACCAAAAAAUGAAACAUGUGCUUAUUUCAUUCAUCGUUGUCUGAUAAAGGACUGGUUAGUUGUAGAAAAUUAUAAAGAUAAGGUACUAUCCAUUAUAGCAUAUAAUUUAAAAACAAAAAAGCUGGACAAUUUCUUCCGAAAACGUGAAAAAUCCGUUACUUCGAUUGUAAAUAUAGGUAGUUCUUCUUUCAUGAUUUCAAAAAAUGAAAUUUUAUUCGCUUAUUGUUAUGGUACAAAUAAUAUUACUAUCUACUUAAUGGAAAAUGGUUUAGAGGUUACCACAAAAAAGUUCACAGAAAAGGAUGUAAAAAUUAUCUUUUUUGAUUUCGUUGAAAAUGAUAGUAAAUUAUUGAUCAUCAUCGAGGAAGAGAGUCAUCACAGCGAUGAUUCGGAACCUGAACCUUUACUUGUCAUCGUAAUUUGGGAUCUAUUUAGUAGUUCUGAUAAUUGUGUUAGAAGAAUUUAUGAUACAUCCUCAUUAUUUUCCACAGAAAACGCAUAUCUUCAAAGAUUAGCUUUCGUUUCCGGAAAACUCAUAAUAAUCACUGAAGAUGGAACGAUUAUUUCGGCAUUAGAACAAUUAAAUAUUGAUAAAUUAUUGAAUCCUGAAAAUAAUAAUACGAGAAACGUAAUUAACACGACUUCACCUGAAAAAUUUGGCAUCACUUCUACAUCAACCACAACUAUUACCUUAACAGAUUAUCAUUUAUCUUAUGAUCUUCUUGGAAAUCCGUUAGACCAUGAAACUGUUCAAGCGAUAGUUGAAGAUCCUGAACCUUGGCUACAAAACAAGUAUUAUAAUCGUACCACGGUUUAUCUUGAUGAGAGAAAAUCUACUCAAUUAAUUAUUGGGGAAUCGACCGUUCAAGUUUGGCGCAAAAGAAAAGGAAUUGCUACUGAUUCUUCACCUAAAAGAAUUCUAGAGUAUAUUUGGACAAAUCCUUUUCAAGAAAUGCAAAUUCAAUCUUUGCAAGUUGCUUAUAAGGAAUUCUCUUUAGUAGUAUAUAUUCCUUCUGAAACUUCUCCUGGACUACAAGUUAUAAUUGAAUGGCCUGAUAAAGUUAAUGUUCCGGUAGACGCAUGCAAAGCUUUGAGAUUUCUAGAUCAGAAAAGUAAUGAACCUACGGGUUCAAAUUAUCAACACACUUUUGAAAAUAUUAUUCAACAAACUGAAAAUAUCAUCAAAAAGUAUAUAGUCAGCAAAAGUGGAUUAUGGAGAAUGCUGGAUAUUCGUUAUGAUCUUAUGGCCCAUCUCAUUCGAGGUAAUCGUGUUUCCAUUGUCAAAAAUAUUUUAUCUUUUAAAUAUAAAAAUGGAAUGAAAAAAAGUUUACAUAUUCCAAGACUUUAUUCUUGGGACGGGCGAGUCAAAGAAACAGAUCUUGAGAUUGCUAUCAAGUACUCGAAGGGAGAAUACCGUAAAGAUUCUGUUAUUGUGAAAUAUUUAUUAGAUUAUUAUUCCGAUAAUGCCACAAAUAAUUCGAAUUGGAUGUUUACAGUAUCCAAAGCAAUUCCCCUACUUUAUGAAUAUAAAUUAGCAUAUUUUGUUAAGGAAUUAUUUCAAAAGCCUUGUUUUGGUUCUAACGAAAUUUACUUGAAUAGUUCGGAUAUUAAUAUUGAAGAUAUAAUUGAUAGUGAUCAUAAGAACAUCCAUGCUUUAAAUAUAGAUAUAGGUCUCAUCAAGAGAAAUGACUUUAAAAAAAUGAUUUUUCGAAAAGAACAAAGGUAA